AUGGUGGAAACAGUAGAAGAAGAUGAUGAAGAGUGGGAGCAAGCCGAGGAUGAGCAAUACCACAUCAGAGAAGAACAGGACCAGGCUUACUACCAGGAUGAGGCAGAAGAGCAAUUGGUGGAUCAAUGGAACGAUCAGUUCUAUGUCUACGAUGAAGAUGACGAUGGACAGGAUCAGGAAGAACAGGGCUACCAAUUGAUGGAUGAUGACAACAACUAUGAUUGCGGCUAUGGCUACCAGGGCUAUGGUCGCGAGCAUUUUUAG